UUACAGUGGAAUUGCUGUACUUUGGCUGAUUAUAGAAAAGACGAAAACCGUUUGAAUUAUUGAGUUGGAUGAUUGGCCAAUUUGAGAAAAGAUGACAAGUAGAAGCGGAGGUUCAGGAAGAGUAAAGAACAAGGCUCCUGCACCGGUACAGAUAACUGCUGAACAGUUACUAAGAGAGGCAUGGGAAAGAAGAGAACCCGAAAAGUCCAAGGCUCCGAAACAAAGAAUACAGGAUGAAAACGAACUCUUGGAGAUUAGACAAAGAAGGCGAAAAGAAUUUGAAGACAAGUUACGCAUGAACCGCACUCAUAUUCCAACGUGGAUAAAAUAUGCUAAAUGGGAAGAAGCUCAACUGGAAUUCGGUAGAGCAAGAUCUAUCUACGAAAGAGCUUUAGAUAUCGACUACAGAAACCCACACUUGUGGGUGAGUUACGCAGAAAUGGAAAUGAAACACAAGUUUAUCAAUCACGCUAGAAAUAUUUGGGACCGUGCUGUUGCUUUGUUACCUCGAGUAGCACAGUUAUGGUUCAAAUAUGCUUAUAUGGAAGAGAUGUUGGGAAAUAUUGCUGGUACUAGAGCUAUAUUUGAAAGAUGGAUGAAGUGGGUACCAGAUGAUAAAGCGUGGAAUUCAUAUGUGAGGUUUGAGCUACGUUAUGGACAAGUAGAUAGAGCGCGACAAAUAUUUGAAAGAUUUUUGAUUGCACAUCCAGUUCCCAGAACAUACAUUCGAUAUGCCAGAUUGGAAGAAAGAAAUCAUGAGAGAGAUCUUGCAAGAGCUGUUUUUGAAAGAGGUGUUGAAGAAACAGACACAAGUCAGCCUGAAUAUUUGGAGUUACUUUUGCAGUUUGCAGGAUUUGAAGAACGUUGUGGAGAAGUAGAACGAGCAAGAUUUAUAUAUAAAUUUGCUUUGGAGAAGGCUCCAGAAGACAGGAAAGAACAAGUACACUCCUUGUACAGUUCUUUUGAAAGACAAAGAGGAGGUAAAAUAGCAAUUGAAGAGAGCAUUUUGAAACGGAAGCGAGAAGAGUAUGAGUAUUGGAUUCAAAAAGAUCCCUAUGACUAUGAUGUCUGGUUGGACUAUUGCUUACUUGAAGAGGAGUUCUCAACCGAUCCAGAAACUGUGAGAAGCGUUUUCAGGAGAGCAGUAUCUUAUCGACCACCUCCUCAGAAGAGGUUUUGGAAGCGAUAUAUUUACUUGUGGAUAUAUUUUGCUGUAUGGGAAGAGCUGACUAUGGAAGACUUGGAGAAAGCUGCUCAAGUUUAUCGUGAUGCUCUCAAUUCUAUUCCUAAUAGGCAUCAAGAUUUCACAUUUAAGAAACUUUGGAUUCUUGCUGCAAAACUUUAUGUUCGUCAAAAGGAUAUGGCAUCCGCCAGGAAGCUUUUGGGAACUGCAAUUGGAAUGUUGAAGAGCAAUGAGAAAAUUUUUCGUGAGUAUAUUUCUCUAGAAGUUGCGCUGGGGGAAAUAGAACGUGCGAGGACUUUGUAUCAUAAAUGGAUAGAACAUCAUCCGUACUCUUCAAAGGCUUGGUUAGAAUUUGCCAAUUUGGAAAUUUCAUUGAAUGAAAUAGAGCGUGCACGAGCAGUUUAUGACUUGGCUGUUGAACAAACCGAAUUGGAUGCCCCAGAGUUGGUCUGGAAAGCCUACAUUGAUCUUGAACUUGAAGAAGAAGAAUUGGAUCGUGCCCGUGCUCUGUAUGAGAAGUUGUUGGGAUAUUCUCAACAUGUUAAAGUGUGGCUUUCUUAUGCGAACUUUGAACGAAAUUAUAAUCAUGAAAGAGAUGACUAUGCCCGAGAUAUAUAUCGUAGAGCAGAUCGUGCUUUGGCUAAUGCCAUUUUAGAUUGGACCGCAAAUUCUCGUUCUCAAGGAACCGGUGAACAAGUAGAUCCCCAACUACUGACUGCAAAGGAGGAUAGGGCAACUUUACUUCGAGAAUGGUUAGCUUUCGAACAAGAAAUGUCGUCUAGAGAUACUUCAGCCUUGAGUGAAGUUCAAGAGAAGCAACCACAAAAGGUCAAGCGGCGUAGACCAAUCUUUGACGCAUUUGGUGAAAAUAUUGGUUGGGAAGAAUAUUAUGACUUUAUAUUUCCUGAAGAAACGGAAUCCGGAAAAGCACCAAGUCUCAAAAUUUUACAGAUUGCCCAUCAGUGGAAAAAGCAGAAGAAGGAAGAUUCUUAAGGUUUCUUUGUAUUUUUGAAGUCUAUAGAAGAAAUGAUAGUAUAAAGUG